AUGGAGUCAAGGGUAGCAGGAAUGGAGGUUCCAAUAUUGGCCAGCGAUUCCAUAAAGUGGUUUCAAGUUUCAGUCCCUUCUACUUCGUCUUCAUCUUCCUCCGCUUCCAAUUCUGCUUCCGCGGCCACCGCUGCUACUAGAGACUGUGCCUCCUGUUGUGUUGUUGGAAACCCUCCCACGUAUCUCAUUUGGAAAAUAUCCCAAACUCAGUCGGAUAUUCUUGAAGUAUUAGAGGUUGUUGGUAAUGAAGAAUUUCCAAAGUUUGGACUGCGGAUUCAAUUCCCUGAUGCUCUUUUCCCCUUCGCUCAUAUAGAAAAGGAUAAGAGUUAUGGUUCCCAGAACUCUUACUUGCUUACUGCAGUUACAGUUCGUGGUUUGGCCUUCCUAGUGAAACUCAAAAGUGUUCAUAAUUAUGCAUCUUGUUCGAUGUUAACAUCUAGGGAUGUAUUUGAGUACAACAUGCAGAGCAACCCACAAUGUGGAGAAAUUACAGCGGUGACUACAUUUUCUGGAUCUCUGCUAGUUGGGAGAAGUGAUGGAUCCAUUUGCGGUUAUCAGCUUUGCUUCCUUGAUCCCAAUGCCCCAGGCUUCAUGUGGGAGCUGCGGGAUGAUGUAUUUGGACGACUGUGGGAUAUAAUGUCAAGGAACACGAUAACAGCAGCUGUGCAGGAUAUGACGGUAUCUGUAGUGCACCGGGAAAAGCUACUUUUUGUUCUUCAUACUGAUGGAGCCUUCUGUGUGUGGGACUUUGGAUAUCAUCGCAAAGUUUUUACUCACUCUUUCAUGGGAGGAUCUAUGUUCCUUAAGCUAUGUGUGGGUGAAACUAACAUGGUGAACAGUAUGAUUCCUUUCGCAGUUCUGCAUAAAAGUAAUAUGGAUGUCGAAGUGAUAUCUUUAUAUGGCAUGCAUUUGGGUUUUCGGAAGAAGAUGAUGACAUUGACAUUGCGCUCCUUAACUGCGGGAUUUUCCUUGGAAGGGAGUGGACCUGUGGACAUCAAACUUACUUCAGACAGAGUUUGGAUACUACAAGACGAUAGAUUAACAGUGCAGGGGCUCUUUGGUAAAGAGGCAGUGACACGGUCAUAUGAAUUGCAGCAAGCGCUUGUGGCUGAUCAGCUGUUUCAAAGUUCUGAACAUUCUGCAGAUGACAUACUUUGGCUUUCCCAUACAGUUCUUCCUUCUUCAAAGGAUCAAAUUUUCCCACUUGUUUCUUCCAUUUUCUUGCAUAGGCUACUUCUUCCUGGGGUGUAUCAUAGCUCAGUGCUCCGCAUAACGUUGCAGUAUUACAACAAGCACUUCACUGAUUCUGAGUUUGCCUCCUUUACUGUGGAUGGACUUAAAAAUGAAAUCGUGUCAGUUAUUGAGCACGAGGGUGGUUCUGAUAAUCUGGUCUCAUUUCUACGAUGCUGGAUGGCAUUUUGUGCUCACUAUUGCAGUAAUUGGCGCAAAACAAAUGCAGUUUGUGGUUUAUUUGUUGAUUCAUCCACUGGAGCUACUUGUUUGAUCAGAAAGAAUAUGUUCUCGAUUUGCCGAAUGUUUGAGGAUAUUGAGCUUUUAGUUUAUGGUUCUUUUGAUGACAAUGGAUAUAAUUCUUCUGGGGGGGUAUUCUCUCGCGAUGCAGUUGAAAGAGAGACCUUUUCUAAGUUACUCUGGUGUAUUACUAAAGUCAGUCAGCAGUUGGGCAAAGCGGCAUCAGCUCUAUUUUAUGAGUCCCUUAGAAGCACCCCAACUAUAUCAUCUGAAGAGAUUCUUCCUCAAUUUGUGAAGGUUUUAGAAAAGGGCUAUAAUUCAACAAUAUUAGCAUAUCAUGUAUCAGAAAUAGGAGCUGAUGUUGCAUGGGAGCAAAAAGUGUCUCAUCACAAGAAUUUGAGGACAUUUUCUGCAGAUAUGUUUAUCUCUCUUCAGGAAUUAUGUAGUAGAGCAAGUUCAUGGGGCAAAGUUUUGGAUGUCAUCCAGAACUACUUGAGGUUUUUAGUACCUCGUAAAGCGGAACACAAGUCGGAUUAUCACGCAAUUUUCAACCUCAAGGUUUCGAUUACAGUGGAGGCUACUUUCCAAGUGGCUAAGAUCAUGUUUGAAUCUGCAUUAGAUCUACUUUUGCUGCUAAGCUACGUGGUGAACAUAAGUGGGCAGAUCCAAAUGCCACAUGAUGAUGUUUCGAGAAUAAAACUUGAGCUUAUACCUAUGAUCCAAGAAAUUAUUGCUGAGUGGCACAUUGUUCACUUUCUUGCCACCACGCCCACUGAGUCUCCUGCUUUGGAAGAUUUUAGUUCUCAACUUUCAUCCUUGCAUAUUGAUAACAGCAUUGAUAGGAUGUCCUUGAAUGAGAAGCUUGGGAAAUGCAAUUUUACGUUGGCGCAUAUCUUGUUACUUAGCCUCCGUAGUUGUUCUGGAAAUCAGACGAACUUCUCUUCCAGGCAGCUUCCAGAUUGUUGCAGUAUACGUAAUUACGUGAGGGAGUUUGCUAGUUGGAUAAUUUGGGGAAAAACAGGAGAAGAAUCUUCCUUUUUCUUAAUCCACUCAAUUGAACUUGCUUUCAUCUUCCUCAGACAUGGCCAGUACAGUGCACUUGAGUAUCUUCUCAUGUUGGUGGACUCGUACUCUCGGAAUCAGAGAAUUUGUGGAAGUCUUCAGACAGCUGAAGGGGAAUGGCCAACAAUUCUGCACCUUCUAGGUUGCUGCCUUAUCCAUCAGACCCAAUGUGGAUUACGCAGAACUCUGAAGGAAAGAAAAGUUUCUGAAGCUGUCCGCUGCUUUUAUAGAGCUGCAUCAAUGCAAGGAGCUCCUGAAGCUCUGGUAAGGUUGUCUCGGGAAGCAGGAUCAGCUUGUCUUGGCUUCGAUACAGCUGUUUGCUGCUCAGAUGCAUCAUGGAAACUUCACUAUUAUCAAUGGGUUAUGCAGAUCUUUGAACAAUAUAAUCUUAAUGAGGCUGCCUGUACUUUUGCUCUUGCUGCUCUUGAGCAAGUUGAUGAAGCUCUUUCCCACAAGGAUGGCGGCUCCAAGUCAGAUCUUUCUGAUGAAUCAACUACCGUCGUUAAGGGACGACUUUGGGCAAACGUCUUUAAGUUUACGUUAGAUCUGGAGCUUUAUCAUGAAGCCUAUUGUGCUAUCAUUUCAAAUCCUGAUGAGGAGAGCAAGAAUAUUUGUCUGAGACGUUUCAUUAUUGUUCUUUUGGAGCGUGGCGCAGUUCAGGUUCUUUGUGAUGGCCAGCUUCCAUUUAUUGGCCUAGCAGAUAAAGUUGAACAAGAGCUUGUUUGGAAGGCAGCUCGUUCGGAUGUUAUGACAAAGCCAAACCCUUUCAAGUUGGUCUAUGCUUUUGAAGUCCACAGGCACAACUGGCGAAAGGCAGCACAGUUCAUUUAUCUGUAUGCCACACAGCUUAAAACUGAAGCUGCAAUGAAAGAUUAUCAUCGAAGGUCCGGAGCUCUGCAAGAGAGGCUUAAUGGGCUAUCUGCUGCUAUUAAUGCUUUACAACUUGUACAUCCUGCUUAUGCUUGGGUUGACCCUCCGAUUGAGGAACUAACUUGUGAAAAUGAACAGUAUCCGAGUAAAAAGGCCAGAAUACAUAUGGAAGAACCAGAUCCUGCUGUUGGGCCGCGGAAUCUUCAGUCGUAUUUUGGAAUUGAGGAACUUGAGAAUGAGUAUGUUUUGGCUUCAGCUGAGUGUUUGCUCUCUCUAUCUAAUGUCAAAUGGACUUCAACUGGUAACAAGAAACCUUCAGCAGCCUUGGUUGACCUGUUGGUUGAGUCAAAUUUGUAUGAUAUGGCCUUUACGGUGAUUCUGAAAUUUUGGAAGGAUUCGGGACUAAAGAGGGAGUUAGAAAGAGUUUUUGCUGCAAUGUCAUUGAAAUGCUGCCCUCAUGGAGUAGCCCCCUCUGGGAAUCAUAGGAUGCAAAAUUUUCUGUUGACUUCAUCACAAGAUGAGCCAUGUUUAACUGAGGAGGGACCUUCAGCACCGCAAUUUAAGGGCAACAGUCAGUGGGAAAUGCUUGAAAUCUAUCUUGAAAAGUAUAAAGGAUAUCAUCCAAGAUUACCCAUAGUGGUCGCUGAAACUCUUCUUGCCUGUGAUCCACAAAUAGUUUUGCCUCUUUGGUUGGUUCAAUUUUUUAAGGUUACAAGGCAGGAAAGUGGUUUUGGAAUGUCGGGAAGUGAAAGUAACCCUGCAUCCUUGUUUCGAUUAUAUGUGGAUCACGGCCGAUAUGUAGAAGCUACUAAUCUGCUUCUUGAAUAUAUUGAAUCUUUCUCAGCAUUGAGACCAAGUGAUGUCAUUCGGCGUAAAAGACAAAGCUCAGUUUGGUUUCCAUACACUCAUAUUGAGCGGUUAUGGUGCCAACUUGAGGAGUCUAUUAGGUUGGGUCAUAUGGUUGAUCAGAGUGAGAAGCUAAAACGGUUGUUGCAGGGAGCUCUGCUGAAGCAUCUUAACCUAGUGAGGAUUGACUCUGAGGAUGUGCAGUCUUCCACGACACGGUAA